AUGGCCUACAACCGUGGCUACAACCCGGAUGCAUUGCCAGCACACGCCGAACCCGAACAGGCGGCACARAUGCUGCACACCAAUCCAGGAAGCGGCGUGCCACCACGACGAGAUCCUCCCACCAACUACAACAAACCAGUACCACCCCCUCCACAAACGCAGAACAUGAGACCGGACGAGCGAUAUGGCGGCGGCGGCGGCGGCGGCGGCGGCGGCAGCAGGCCAAAUCCGGGAGGAUACGCUUCUCCCGCACCGCCAGGCGCAUACGGCUCCUCCAACCCAGCCCCACCUCCACCACAAAGUCAAGGCUACAAUGACUAUGGACGGGGACCCUCUCCACGAUACGAUCAGCACAGCCAAUCCCAGCCUCAGCGUUACAACCAGGGCCCACCACCUGCUCAAGGACAGUAUCAACAGCAAGGAGGAUAUGGAGGAGGAGCAGGAGGUCAACAUCCGCCUCCAAGAGCCAGCAGCACCAACUACGGCGGUGUCACUUCUCCUCCGCCUCCUGCUAGUUAUGGACACGGUCCACCUCCGCAAGGCUAUCACAAUCGCCCUCCAAUCCCGGACAGCCAACGACCUCCUACAACUGCUCCUCCUCCACCUCGAGAUGGAAACGAUCGAGAUGCCCUCUGGCCAUUGUUUCUGCAAGUCGACAGAGAUCGUAAAGGCCAGCUUGAAGAGCCUGAACUUCAACGUGCUCUCGUGAAUGGAGACUACACUGCAUUCGACCAGCACACCGUCAAAAUGAUGAUUCGGAUGUUCGAUACUGAUCGAAGCGGCACCAUUAACUUUGACGAAUUCUGCGGGUUGUGGGGCUUCCUAGCAGCCUGGCGUGCCCUCUUCGACCGCUUUGAUGUCGACCGCUCAGGAAACAUUUCCCUGCGAGAAUUCGAGGACGCGCUGGUCGCGUUCGGAUACCGCCUCUCUCCACAAUUCGUCGCUUUACUCUUCAGCACAUAUGCCAAAUCGCACAGUCGAGGCCGCGGAGACGAACACGAGAGGGAGAAAGUGCUGUCGUUUGAUCUCUUCGUGCAGGCGUGUAUAAGCCUGAAGAGAAUGACGGAUGUGUUUAAGAAGUACGAUUCCGAUCGGGAUGGGUACAUCACGUUGAGUUUCGAGGAAUUUCUUACAGGUGCGCAAGCUCUCUUCCUGUUCAACUCCAUCUCGGCGCAGACGGAUACUGGGCUUUAUUGA